GUCGAAUGGUCAGUGUAGUGAGAGAUUCUCCGAAAUUCGCACGAAUAUCGAUGUAGUAGUGUUUUCAGAUAGCAAACUUGUAUGUGCUAGUGUAGGUACAACAUUUCUUUGAAUAGAAUGUGUAGUGUUUAAGCAUGUUUUAUCGUGUUUAAAGUAAAUGUCUACUAAAGUGAGCGCUACCCUGCCCCUCUGUGCUGGUUCAAUUCAAGGUGUCUAAGGGGCAAAUCGACGACCAUUUGAUAUAAGAUGCUACUUAAAGAGUUCACAUCCCUCUUCCUAAAGCACACAAAACCUACUAGAAGUCAUCUUACACCAGAGCUUUUGCUUCGGUUGGUAACUGCAGAUUGUCCUCUCUGGUCAGCACCAGCUGAUCAAUCCCCAUUUAAAGACCCCUUCUGGGGCUUUUAUUGGCCUGGAGGGCAGGCGAUUGCAAGAUAUAUCUUAGAUAACGCAGAUUUAGUGAAUAACUGCAAAAUAUUAGAUGUUGGUUGUGGUUGCGGUGCUGGCGCAUUGGCAGCGGCAAAAGUCAAUGCAAAACUUGUCGUAGCAAAUGACAUAGAUCUUUGUGCCUUAUAUGCUACUAAAUUAAAUGCGGAUUUAAACGACCUUCGAGUACAAACAAGCAGUGUCAACCUUAUUGGGAAUGACUGUAAUGAAUUUGAUGCGAUUUUUAUAGGAGAUAUGUUUUAUGAUGAGGAUUUUGCAAAUCUCUUGUUUGAUUGGUUAAUUAAACUAUCGAAGAAAAAAAUGGUACUUAUCGGAGACCCUGGGCGACAUGGAUUGACGGAUCGGAGAAAAAACCAAAUGCGUUUAUUAGCUCAAUAUGAAAUGCCCAAAGUUACAUGUAAAGAAAACAACGGGUUUACACAUACAACAGUAUGGACAUUAAAGACAUAGUAUCAUAGGUCGUA